AUGUGGUUCGUGUGCGACGUCCUGGGAAUGGCGUGCGCGGCGGGCACGUGGGCGCUGGUGCGGGGCGCUGCUGCUCCCGGCCCGGGCCGCCUACGGCCUGGUGCACGGCGCGCUCUUCCACCUGCUGGCCUUCCUGGCGCUGGCGGCCCACGCGCGGGCCAUGCUCACCGACCCGGGCUCUGCGACGCUGGCCCCCCCGGGCGCCGCGCCCCGAGCUGCAGCUGCCCGCCACCCCCGCGCACGUACCACUGCCUGGUGUGCCCGCGCUGCGUGCGCAGGAUGCACCACCACUGCCCCUGGGUGAACAACUGCGUGGGCGAGGACAACCAGAAGAACUUUCCUGCUGUUCACGCUCUACACCGCGCUCGCCCGCUGCACCUGCUGCUGCUGCUGGGCGUCCCUGCCCUGCGCAGCUACUUGCGCCGCGAGUGGGACUCCCACAGCACCCUGACGCCGCACCCCUCGCUCAUCUUCCUCCUCCUGGUGUCCCUCAAGGGCUUCCUCUUCGUCUCCAUGAUGUUCGCCACCCAGAUGCAUGCCAUCUGCACCGACCAAACCAGGAUUGAGCAGCUGCAAAGGGAGAGGACGGGACAGGGCCGCAGGUCCAAGUGGAUGAACCUGAAGGCCGUCCUGGGCCACGGCCCCUCGCUGGCCUGGAUCAGCCCCUUUGCCUCCCCCAAACCUCAGCCGGCACCGGGGCACCACGGAGUGGUCUGA